AGCCAGUACAUAGUAGUCUAGUUGUCUAGGGGUUUGUUGUUGGGUAUCAGAUCAUUCAGUAACGCUGAUCCAUCAGGAUCGCUUACAUUCAUUCGCUCUAAAAUUAUUCUUCGUUUUAAUACUUCUAGUUUGUGUUUUAUUAGUGAGUGAAAGGCUUUUUUUGAGGGAGUCAGAACAAGUGGAUUUCAGUUUGUUGUGAAAAAAAUGCUCUGGAAUAUCUGUUGCUGAAGUGUGAAAAUUUUAUCAUCAAAAUGAAACAUAAGUGGUUGAAUCGGCUUAUUCCAGUUAUUUCACUAUGUUCAGUACUAGGCUUGGCCAGAUGUCAAACCUACCAACUUGAAGACCCAAGUCCUUGUGGUCAUUGGCGCCCUGGUGAUCCAGAUCUGCAAAACUUCGACCUUAUUCGACAAUAUGGAUGGGAUCGAGGCGAUUUUGAUUACGAUGGCGUUGUUACCGUGCCAGGAACAAAUUAUCUUCAAACUGCUUACCAUUUGGAGCGCGAAGCAAACUUAACAAUCAGCGCCUCACAGGCAUUCCCGCAAGGAGUUCCACCUGAAUUCUCUUUCGAGUGGACUUUCCGUACUGAGUUGCCCCCGCAGGAUCCAUGGUAUCUAUUUCAUUUGACUGACUACUCUCGUGAGUCUCAUAUGAGCGUCACCCUGAACCCUCCAUCACAGACAGUGGAACUGGCAUUCCCUAACGUGGAUGGAAGCACCCAAUCGGUUUCAUUUCAAGAGUCUUCACUUUUCGAUGAAAGAUGGCAUAAAGUGAUGCUAGGAGUCACCCAAGAUUCAGUACGAUUGUGGGUAGAUUGCGAAUUGGUACAAGCUCCUGACGGGCUGACAUAUGCCAUUAUCCAGCCCAGAGGACCACUGGACCACACCGGCGGUUACUUUUCCAUUGCUCAGGAAGUUUAUAGUAGGGAAACAGUCCCUAUCGACCUUCAAUGGAUGGUUCUCAGCUGUGACGCAACCCGUCCUAUGAGACAAAAUUGCGAAGAGCUUCCUGAAUACAAUGUUGCUCCGGUAACACCAAACCGGGCGGAAGGAUAUGGUCCGACACCAUGCCCUGAACAGUGUCCACAAGGUCCUCCAGGAUUAAAUGGUACUGAUGGACGUCAAGGACCACCCGGACCACCUGGUUUCCCCGGACCUCCAGGUCGUGAUGGUCGACCUGGCCCACCUGGCCCGCCUGGUUUCGCCGGACUAAACGGAAUGAAAGGUGAAAGAGGUCUUGCUGGAAUCGCCGGCGCCCCAGGUAAACCAGGCCUCCCAGGAACAGCUGGACCGCCAGGAAUUGGUAUUCAAGGACCGCGAGGAUUUGCAGGGGAAAAAGGAGAUGUUGGACCACGUGGGCCUCCAGGUCCACCAGGGGUUACAACUGAACCUCAUGCACCAGUUUAUAUUCCAGGACCACGCGGUCCACCAGGGUAUAAUGGCACGAAAGGUGAACGGGGUGAACGUGGUGAACGCGGAUACUUGGGCGAGAGAGGUCUUCAAGGAUUUCCUGGUAUUCCAGGUGCACCAGGGCAACCUGGACCACCAGGUCCACCUGGUGUCACUCGGUAUGAAUCAAAUAAUGAAGUUGGGGAACGUGUGGUUGCUGGACCACCAGGACCGCAAGGCCCGCCAGGAGUGCAGGGAACACCAGGAAUCCCCGGACAAGAUGGGCGACCGGGUUCACCUGGUGAGCCAGGUAUAGAUGGAAAAAUUGGACCGCAAGGCCCACCUGGUUUACCAGGAACUGACGGAAUACCAGGAGUACCAGGCUUGCGUGGAAUUAAAGGAGAACAAGGUGAACGCGGUGCAACGGGUCCUACAGGACCUCGCGGCUAUCCUGGAGAUUCUGGACCGCAGGGUCCGCAAGGUAUACCUGGUUUGGGUGGCCCACCAGGCUCACCUGGCCAACCUGGCCAACCCGGUCCACCAGGGCCUCCAGGACCGCCCGGGGAAUAUACGGAACAUAGGCUUGUUACCGCUCACGAAACCGGUUCCCAUACUGUUCAAUAUGGUUCAACUGGGAUGCCUGGUGAAAGAGGAGCAAGCGGAGAUAGAGGUCCACAGGGUCCAGUUGGGUUUCCUGGUAUGCCUGGGCAAGAUGGGCUUCCUGGCCCUGCAGGUCAACCUGGACCUCCUGGCGCGCCAGGACUACCAGGUGUACCGGGUACAGAGUAUACUGGACUAACAGACGGCGAUGUAAGAGAAAUUUGUAUGUCUAUAAUUAGAGAUCAUCUUGCGGAGUUUGCUUCGACAUUAAUGGGACCACCAGGACCACCUGGACCAUCGAAACCCGGCAGGCCAGGAGCACCCGGACCACAGGGUCCACCAGGUGAUCAAGGCAUUCGAGGUCCACCCGGUCAUCCUGGAAUGCCAGGUCUUCCCGGUUCCAAUGGCCCCCCUGGUAGUCCUGGAAUACCCGGUGAGCAUGGUGAAAAAGGAGAUCGUGGUGAGGAAGGUAUAGGACGUGAAGGACCUCCAGGUCCAGAAGGACCAAUGGGACCUCCUGGGCACGGAUUGGAUGGUGAGCCCGGUAGACCGGGUGAUAAAGGAGAUACAGGUUCUCCUGGUAUACCAGGGCUCAGAGGCCCGCCAGGUCAACCGGGAAUAUGUCCGGCGUGCCCGGACCAAAUGUACUACCCAUAUCCAAUGCAACAGCAAAGCAAAGGACCAGUGAAUUAUAACUACAAAGGGCCGGUGAAUAUCAAAGGCUAAAGGAUUUGAUGGAUUAAUGAUGUAAUGUGGAAUUAUGAAAAGUUUUAUAUUUUUUUAAGGUUUGGCUAAAAAUAUGUAAAUUUAUUGAUGUUAUUGGAAUUGCAUUGGCUAUUAAAAGCUGUUUGAAUAUGG